AAAGGGGUCGAGCUGAGAGGCAGAUUAGAGACUAGUGCGCCUGCAGUCCGUUAGUUCUAAGUCUGCACACCAGAAUACCUACAGUACUUAUUUUUAAGCCUGUAGUCGAGCGUGUUAUGUUUCUUUAGUCAUAAAAUUAGGUUCCUGUCCCUUGCUGAUUUAGAAGAGGGAGUAAACUUCGCUGGGUCACAGAAAUAAACUACGCAAUAACUUCAUCACGGCAUAAUAACAGGUUUAUCGGGCUAUACGAGGCCAAAUAGCUAAGUAUGACGGAUCAGUGCCGGAUUGUGAUAAAAGGAGGUAAGGUCGUGAAUGAGGACCGCUCGGAGACGGCGGAUGUUCUGCUUGAAGACGGGCUCAUCCAGGCUGUGGGCCCUAACCUGCAGGUACCACCCGGAACGCGGGUGAUCGAUGCCUGCGGGAAGCUGGUGUUGCCCGGAGGAAUAGACACGCACACGCACAUGGAGCUGGCCUUCAUGGGAACCGUGGCUGUGGACGAUUUCCACACCGGGACCAAGGCUGCUGUAGCCGGAGGGACCACUAUGAUCCUGGACUUUGUCAUCCCACAGAAGGGGGCGUCUCUGCUGAAGGCGUAUGAGAGGUGGAGGAGCACAGCUGACCCCAAAGUGUGCUGUGACUAUUCCCUGCACGUAGCUGUCACCUGGUGGGAUGAUACUGUGAAGAAAGAGAUGGAGAUGCUCGUGCGGGAGAGAGGCGUGAACUCCUUCAAGAUGUUCAUGGCGUAUAAAGAUGUGUUCAUGCUGCGUGACCAUGAGCUGUACGCUGCUUUCUCUCACUGUAAAGAGAUUGGAGCCAUUGCACAGGUCCACGCCGAGAACGGAGAUCUAAUUGCAGAGGGUGCCAAGAAGAUACUGUCUUUGGGCAUCACAGGGCCGGAGGGCCAUGAGCUAUGCCGUCCUGAGGAGGUGGAGGCAGAGGCCACCCAGCGUGCUAUCACCAUUGCCCACUCUGUAAACUGCCCACUCUAUGUAGUCCAUGUCAUGAGCAAGUCUGCCGCUAAAGUGGUGGCUAACGCUCGGAGGAACGGCCGAGUGGUGUUUGGGGAGCCCAUAGCAGCAGGACUGGGCACUGAUGGCACUCACUACUGGAAUAAAGACUGGGCCCAUGCUGCAGGCUUUGUGAUGGGACCCCCACUGAGGCCUGACCCCAGCACCCCGGGCUACCUGAUGGACCUGCUCGCAAAUGAUGAUCUGAACCUGACGGGCACUGAUAACUGCACAUUCUCUGUGUGUCAGAAAGCUCUGGGCAAAGACGACUUCACUAAAAUUCCCAAUGGGGUCAAUGGAGUGGAGGACAGGAUGUCUGUCAUAUGGGAGAAAGGCGUGCAUAGCGGAAAAAUGGACGAGAAUCGAUUUGUAGCGGUCACCAGCAGCAACGCUGCAAAAAUCUUCAACCUUUAUCCCCAGAAAGGGAGGAUUGCCAAAGGCUCUGAUGCUGACCUGGUCAUUUGGGAUCCUACAGCUACCAGGUUGAUUUCAACGAAAACCCACCACCAGGCUGUGGACUACAACAUAUUUGAGGGCAUGGUGUGCCACGGCGUUCCGCUGGUGACCAUAUCUGGAGGCAGAGUGGUUUACGAGGGCGGCCGAGUGCUCGCUGAACCUGGAACAGGACGGUUUAUUCCCCGCAAGCCCUACGCUGAGUUUGUGUAUAAAAGAAUUAAACAGAGGGAGGAGGUGAGGAAGCCCAGUGCAGUGGCCAGGAAGCCCUACAGUGGAGAGGUCAUGUCUUUGGCAUCAAAUAGAUCAUAAACUAGAAGGAAGAGAGUGGAUUCCUCAGGGAGUCUUUUCUCUCAGGGUGGAGAAUUGUUCCUUAUUCCAAGGGACUGAGCAUAGUUCAUCAACCGGCCUCAGUUCGGAAUUCAGUUCCUCUUCUGAGUGAGCAAAAGUUAAAGGAUAUCUGUCAGGGUUAAUCCUGUUCUGGAAUGUGAUGUAUUGAAUUUUUCUUCCCAUACAGCUGCACACCAUCCACAACUAUUUCAGCAACAUUAAGACAAAGCAGAUUCAGAAUGGAUCAUGCUAUCUGGGAGAAUAUCUUAGUAAAAACAUGCUACUGUGAAUCUUGUGGGCCCAGAAGAGAUUUUAUGCCAGGAAUACAGAUCAGCUGGUGACAACUUGUUAAACUGGAUUGUGGUGAAAUUCACUGCUAACAAGUGUACGUCCCCUUUAAAACCCACCCCUAAAGUCCACGAGUCCCUACACUUUAAAUCUCUUGAAUACAGUCAGUAACACAAGGAAAAUGAACUAGAUAGCAAAAUGCUGCUGUUGGCUACCAGUUUUUUUGAGGAUGUUUCGGUCAUACCACCUUCCUUUGGCUACUGACCUGUUCGGUGUCCAUCAGACAAGCACACCUUUGCCCCCAGAUGUACACAAGUCCCCUACCUAGGUAAAAGUACAAGUACUCUGGUAAACAACUCUUGUAUAAGUUGAAAUAUUGUUUACAUUUAUACUCGGUAGGUACUUAAAAGUAGGUAAUAACCAGGUCAAGUAGUUUUUGUACAUCAGGAGAUGGAUGGGAUGUUUUUUUGGAUGUAAUUACAUCUCCCAGUAUGCACUGUCCUUCCUGAAUAGGUCUCGCCACUAUUACUUUCUCACUGCAUUCAGAGGUCAGAGUGUUAUCCGGGGUCUGAACAGUUGAGGAAUCCACUGUCCUACUGUUUGCUCUCCACAAGUAUAUGUAACUGCAGUCUGGAGAACCAGUGGGCGUAACUAAUAGGUGGAGACACUGUUAAUAGUUUCUUGGAUCGGCCAAUCAUAUAACAAGUAUGAACUGUCAAUCCAAACUUGUAUCGGUCGAUCACAAGUGUGAAUGACCUGUCUCUCAUUUUGUGCAUCAGGCAAUGGUUUGAAGAAAAGUGCAAAAAGGCGUUACAUACUGUUCAGGCGGAAGUGGGAAGAUAAACCAACACUUUUUUUGUUCACAAAAAGUUAUUUAAUAGCCACUUGGUUCCUAAUGGAAAGCGUUUACCUUCAGUGUUUUGUGGCUAUGAUAAUUUUAGGUCUCUGGUAUGCAGCAGUUCCCUUCUCACAAAACUGGGUGUUAAACUAACCUAUCAACAUCAAGAUUGCAUAUUAAUGAUUGGCCACUUCUGCAAAAGCAAUGAGAUAGAGGAUUAUAUUUAAUGUACCUCCCCAUUGAAAAACAUCAUAGAACCCAUUAAAAGUGUCUGUUGGUUCCUAGUGGUUUUCAGUACUGGCUAAUGGUUGAUGGGUUGAUAUCACAGGGUAAAGGAUUCAAAUCAUUUAGUCACGUAUUCUGGGACUGAUUCCGUAUGUUGUUCGUUUCCUAAUGGUCUCUAACUGCAAGAAUUUUGAGGGCUUUAACAUGUUUUACAGUAGUUUUGUGAUGAUUUUUUUUUUUGUCUAAAAUGUAUUGUACUCUAUUCAUGGUGGAGGGAUACAUGAAGGGUGGUCUACGGCAUAAACAGUCACCAAAAAAACUUUUUUCAGAUUGACCAUCAAUAUUACCAAACUCAGAAGAUACGUGUAGGUUCACUGUUUUUUGAUAGUAAAUAAAAUGGCUAUAUUUGCUUUGUAGACAUGAUGAGAGGACACCCUGGUUCCUAUCACCACCACUGUGUCUGUAAGUUUCACAUCAAACCACUCUGGAAGACUUUGUUUGCAGUACAACCACUGAAUUACACAGAAAUUGUCAAAAAUCAGUGGACGUUACCCUGUAAGUACAGUAACAAAGUUCUUAUACUUUGUUUCUUCCCACCUUCCCACACUAAUGAAUCUACUGUACAUUCCAAACUACAUUUAGCUCAAAAUUUAUUGUGGUUGUCCCAGAUGUUCUUGUUACAAGAUCAUGUCUGGCCUCAUGAGACUACUGUGGACCAUAUAGUGCCCAUGUAUUCCAAAUAUAGACUGCAUGAAUUGUU